ACGUCGUCGUCCGGGAGUCGUGUUCGCAGUUCGAUAGAGAUAAACCCAAACCCAACCGAUACCACUCGACCGUCGCGCAAUAUUCUCGAGGAGCAAACAUAAGAAACAAAUACUUCAAGAACUGUGUGCGGCUAAGUGAAGUGAACUGAGAGAUAUACCGGUUAUAUCGGAGUUGGCGAAAGUGCGGUUCCGGCUGGACAAUAUGAUGGACGUAAGCAGCAUGUACGGCAACCACCCGCACCACCACCACCCACAUGCCAACGCCUUCGACGGCUACAGCACCACCACGGCGGCCACCGCCAAUGCCAGCAGCUACUUCGCCCCGCAGCAGCACCAGCACCACCUGCAGCAGCAGCAACAUCAGCAGUUGCAGCAGCAGCAUCUCAGCUACAGCGGCUACGAGAGCAGCUCCCCCGGCAACUACUAUCCGCAGCAGCAGGCACAGUUGACUCCGCCGCCCACCAACCACCAGGUGGUGCAGCAGCAGCAGCAGCAGCAACAGCAGCAGCAACAGCAGCAGCAACAGCAGCAGGCGCAGCAGCAGCAGCUCUAUCCGCACUCGCACCUCUUCAGCCCGAGUGCGGCGGAGUACGGCAUCACCACGAGCACGGCCGCGGGAAACCCGGGUACUCCGCUGCACCCCAGUAGCCACUCGCCGGCGGACUCCUACUACGAAAGCGAUUCGGUGCACUCGUACUACGCCACAGCUGCCGUGGCCACCGUUGCCCCACCCAGCAACAGUUCGCCGGUGACCGCCACCAACGCCAGUGCCAACAGCAACACGCAGCAGCAACAGCAGCAGCAGGCGGCGAUCAUCAGCUCGGAGAACGGGAUGAUGUACACCAACCUGGACUGCAUGUAUCCCACGGCACAGGCCCAGGCUCCAGUCCACGGGUACGCCGGCCAGAUAGAGGAGAAGUACGCCGCCGUGCUGCAUGCCAGCUAUGCCCCCGGAUUGGUGCUGGAGGAGCAGGACCCCAUGAUGCAGCAGGCCACGCAGUCGCAGAUGUGGCACCACCAGCAACACCUGGCCGGGGGCUACGCCCUGGACGCCAUGGACUCUCUGGGGAUGCACGCGCACAUGCACCACGGCCUGGCCCACGGACACCUGGCCAACCUGGCCGGCAACUCGCACCAGCAGCACCCCCAGCUCCAGCAGCAGCAGCCGGCGCACCAGCAGCAGCAACACCCGCAGAACCAAUCGCCAGCGGCACAGCAGCAGCACCAGAACUCCGUUUCGCCCAACGGCGGGAUGAGCCGCCAGCAGCGCGGAGGAGUGAUCUCCCCCGGCAGCUCCACGUCCUCCUCCACCGCCUCCGCCUCGAAUGGCGCGCAUCCUGCGAGCACACAAUCGAAAUCGCCGAAUCAUUCCAGCAGCAUCCCCACCUACAAGUGGAUGCAGCUCAAGAGGAAUGUUCCCAAGCCCCAAGCACCGAAACUACCUGCCAGCGGGAUUGCCAGCAUACACGACUACCAGAUGAAUGGACAGAUGGACAUGUGCCGUGGCGGAGGAGGCGGGGGCAGCGGCGUCGUGAGCGGCCCUGUGGGCGUUGGGGGCAACGGGUCCUCUGGGAUCGGAGGUGUCCUGGCCGUGCAGAACUCCCUGAUGAUGGGCAACAGUGCGGCGGCGGGCAGUGCCCAUCCCAACGGCAUGGGCGUGGGCCUGGGCAGCGGAUCCGGAUCCGGACUGAGCAGCUGCAGCCUCUCCGGCAGCACCAACAACUCUGGCCGGACGAACUUCACCAACAAGCAGCUGACCGAACUGGAAAAGGAGUUUCACUUCAACCGCUACUUGACGCGCGCGCGACGCAUAGAAAUCGCCAACACGCUCCAGCUAAACGAAACUCAGGUUAAGAUCUGGUUCCAGAACCGCCGUAUGAAACAGAAGAAGCGGGUGAAGGAGGGCCUCAUUCCGGCGGACAUUUUGACGCAGCACUCCACGCCCGUGAUCAGCGAGAAGCCCCCGCAGCAGCCACAACAGCCGCCGGAGCUGCAGAUGAAGCCGCAGGUCGGAGAUCUGGGCGGGAGUGAUCUGGCCGCAGGAGCAGCUUUGGCACCUCCCACAACAUUAGCACUGACAGCACCGGCAACCAAGCAAAGUUGAAGGACUUUCUUCUAUGUUAGUUGUUAUUGUUAUGCUGUUGUUGUUGCUGCCGCCAAAAUAUUGACGCAUUUCGUUGUGAUAAAUUAAUAGAGAAUGCACAGAAGAUCGUAAAAAACUAAAUAAGGAAAUACAAUAAUUUAAUAAAUAUUAUGUCACGUAGCAAAUCGGGAGUGUAAGCCCAUACAAAAUGUGUAAUCAAACGCUAGGAACUUGUGGAAUCGAGGUGCCAUAUUCAUCUAGGGGCUGUAAAUACUUAAACUAACAUUUCGCAUUGCCGCAGCUAAUGUUUAUUGGACUAGCAUAAACCGAACUCAGGGUUAUUAAAAAAUUAAACUUACUUAAAAGCACGCAGAGCAAUUGACAAAAUACGAAUACAAAAAUCAAAAGGAGAAUCCAAAACUAAAAUAUUUGAAACUUUACAAGAACUAUACCAAGUAGAACCCCUAGCGUAAACCCCCGCCCACCACCCCCACUCGUCUGUAGUAUUAUUAGAUAAGUUUUAGGAUGCCCCGAGUUAUUCGUUUUGUGCUAGAAAGUAAUCGGUGAAACAAUCUUGAUGUACGUCUGUAUAUUUAAUCUAGUCCUAAUUGUAAUAUAAAUAUAACUGUACAACACAAGUAUGAAUAAACAAUAAACGAGAA